CGCGACUGCAAUUUUGAAUUUGAACAUCCACCCGCUCCCUUCUCUCCCAGGCAUGGCCGCCAGUUUCAUCGGAAAGCCCAUUUCUCUCAUUUCUCACUCAGAUGUACGAUACAGAGGGAUCCUCGCGGGCAUCGACCCCGCAGCGUCCACCAUCCAACUGUCCAGUGUGUACUCCAUGGGGACAGAGUCUCGACGACCUCCAGAUCAGUUCAUCCCGCCUGUGCAAGAACCCUACACCUAUAUCAUCUUCCGUGCAUCAGAGGUCAAAGAUCUGGCGGUCGACGAGCCUGCACCGCCACCGCCGCGACGAAAUGUUCACGAUGAUCCAGCUGUUCUUGGGGCAUCGGCGCCUAUGAUGAAUACCCCUGCAUAUCCACAGUAUCAGCAACCAUUUCAACCUCAACCGCCUGCUUCACAGGUUCCUCCACAACAACAGCCUGCUCCGCCUGCCCAAGCUUCCCGCCAGCAGCCGUAUCCUCCACGACAGCAACCCGGCCAGUCUCCUACAGCACAGCAACGCGGGGCUUCACCUGCCACGCAACCGAUACAACAAGCGUCAACUCCCGUUAGGUCUGCAACUGCCAGCCAUAAUGGGCGGAAUGCUUCAGUACAUUCUGCUACUGCCUCAUUGGAGACAGUAGAGCGUGCCUUGGGUGAUUUGCGCGUGUCUCACGCUUCUACAAACAAUAACACCGUCCCGCGCUCGGGCGGUCGGCGCGGUCGUGGGCAGGAGCCCAAGGCGAGCGACCUGCGGGUACCUACGACGGACUUUGACUUUCAGAGCUCGAACGCACGCUUCGACAAGGCGGCGCUUUCACCCCGGGGUACGCCUAAAACUGACGGUGAAGAAGGCAGUGAGGAAGACAAAGAGGAAAAGGAAGAAAAGGACACGGCAUACGAUCCGACGAAGUCAUUCUUCGACUCGCUUUCGUCGGGAAGCAACAUCGUAUCGGGCGACGCGCGUGGUGGUAGAGGCGGAGGCGGAAGGCGGGGAGGAGGAAGGAACCGAAGGGAAGAAGAGCGGGAGAGGAACGUUGCAACUUUUGGCGAGCCUGGAGGUGUGGGCCUCAUGGGUCCGGGUGCAUAUGUAGGUGGUUGGGGCGGAUAUGGAAGGAGAGGCGGUGGAAGGGGACGACGAGGGCAAACGGCAGGUGCUGUGGGGCGCUGAGUGCCGUUUUCGACGGACGUUCUUGGAGUCUGUACGUUGAUGUCGUUAUGAUCCAUUCACCAGAGCGGAUGCAGUUUUGCCGUGUCGUAGUCGUAGCAACCUCCCUCCUCCUUGUAAUGCUUGGGUGGAACCAUGAAACCACCCUUCCCCUUCCA